AUGGCCAACGCGGCUUUCCCGACCUCCGCGAUCUUUCAUCAAAAGGCCAUGGCCAACGCGGCUUUCCCGACCUCUGCGACCUUUUAUCAAGGGUGCACGAGCGCCGAGCGCUCGCCCGAGGUGGGCUGCAGGGGCUGCGAAAACGAUGGUUCCGGCAUCUGGACUUUUGAAGAGAACAAGCGCUUCAAGAAUGCCUUGGCUACUCUUAGCGGAGAGAUUGACCUCUCCACAUUGUGCGAUUUCGUCGAGGUGAUCGCUCCUGAGUUUCCCGGGAAGUCGGCUGAGCAGGUCGGGAGGCAUCUUGAGGCGCUGUGGCAAGAUGUCCACUUGAUAGAGUCGGGUCAAGUCAUGUUCCCGGAGCAUUGGACAGUGGAGGAAGGCGAUUCCGAUGGCGGACCGCUGCCGGUUCAGAAAUCAAAAGGGAAAUCGAAAGUCGAACCGAAAAGGGAACGGAAAAGAGGGAUCGCAUGGACCAAAGAAGAACACGAGCGAUUUCUUGGAGGAUUGCAGAUAUACGGCAAAGGGGAUUGGAAGAGCAUCUCCAAAUACGUUGUGAUGUCGAAGACGCCAACGCAAGUAGCUAGUCAUGCGCAGAAGUACUUCAAUCGCAAAGACCGGACAGAGAAUCAAAAACUUCGUCGGAGCAUCAAUGAUACUCACAACAUAAGCAAUAUCGGAGCUAUAGCUUCCAUGUCCUCGAGCCCACCAUCUACUCGUUAUCCAGGUAGAAACUGA